GGAUUUAUCCUCUUCGGUUUUGGAAAAAUCAGUCCAUGGCACAAUGUUCUCUUCUUUGUCUUUCUAGUGAUCUAUUUCAUAUCCAUGGCUGGAAAUCUUCUAAUUGUUCUUUUAGUUGUAGUGGAUCAGCACCUUCAUACUCCAAUGUAUUUCUUCCUCGGAAAUUUGUCAUGCCUGGAGAUGUGCUAUAUUUCAAAUAUUUUGCCCAAGAUGAUGGCAGGUUUGAUGACUGAUGAAAACAUGAUUUCACUAACUGGCUGCUAUGUACAAUUCUUUUUCUUUGGGUAUUUAAUGGCAACUGAAUGUUAUCUUCUUUCUGCAAUGUCAUAUGAUAGAUAUUUAGCAAUAUGCAAACCAUUGCACUAUGCAACAAACAUGAACACACAAAUGUGCAUCCAGCUAGCAGUUUGUUCAUGGGUAAAUGGACUUAUAGGCACCCUAACCAUGUUGAGUGUCAUGCUACAGUUGACAUACUGUGGCCCCAAUGAAAUCAAUCAUUAUUUCUGUGAUUCAGUACCACUUAUAAAACUCUCCUGUAGUGACACUGGUCUGGUAGAACUUUUGAGUUUUAUCCUGGCAUUUGUAUUUACUUUACCUCCCUUUCUCCUUACUUUGACCUCCUACAUAUACAUCAUAACUACUGUCUUAAGAAUUCCUUCAACAACAGGGAGGAAAAAGGCCUUUUCCACUUGCUCCUCUCACCUUAUUGUUGUUUCUACUUUCUAUGGGGCUAUAAUGAUUGUGUACAUGUUACCAAAAACUGAAGCACUGAGUGAUCUCAACAAGAUUUUAUCUCUCUUGUAUACAGUCCUGCCCCCCAUUGCCAAUCCUCUUAUAUACAGCUUGAGAAAUAAGGAGGUUAAGGAUGCCUUAAGAAAAAAUGUUAGAAAGAUUCUUGUUCCUGAAAAACUUAGGGAUGUUUACAGUAGAUAG